AUGCAGACUAGCCAGAUCCGUCCAGCUCGUCGCGUUGAGGCUUUCACUUUGGAGAGUCAAGAUGUUAUCGUUCGCCUGAAAUGGGGUCAGACCGAAUAUAAGGGUCAAUUAGUCAGUGUGGAUUCAUAUAUGAAUAUCCAGCUGUCCAAUACGGAAGAAUUUAUCGAUGGAAAGAAUACGGGGACUUUGGGUCAAGUUUUGAUACGGUGUAAUAACGUUCUCUGGAUAUCAGCCGCGAAAGGGGUGGAGAUGAAGGACGUAGAGAUGGCGGGAUGA